CCAUCGCCGCCAUGGCCUGGGGCGCCUCGCUCGCCGAGUGCCUGCGCGAGUGGGAGGAGCUGCAGGACGGCUACCAGCGCAUCCAGGACAACCACAAGCUGUACAAGCAGAAACUCGAGGAGCUGACCAAGCUCCAGGAUGGGAUCUCCAGCUCCAUCACCCGGCAGAAGAAGCGGCUGAAGGAGCUGUCGCUCGCCCUCAAAAAAUGCAAAGGGCAGGCGACUCCCGAGCAGGAAGCGUCCAUCCAAGAGACCCAGAGCCUGAUUAAAGAGAGGCAGAACGUGUUCUUUGAGAUGGAGGCCUAUCUGCCAAAGAAGAACGGGUUGUACCUGAGUCUGGUGCUCGGCAAUGUGAACGUGACACUGCUCAGCAAACAGGCCAAGUUUGCAUAUAAAGAUGAGUACGAGAAGUUCAAGCUCUACCUCACCAUCAUCCUACUCAUUGUCUCCUUCUCCUGUCGGUUCCUCCUCAACUCCAGGGUGACAGACGCUGUCUUUAACUUCCUGCUGGUGUGGUACUACUGCACCCUCACCAUCCGCGAGAGCAUCCUGAUCAACAACGGCUCCAAGAUCAAAGGCUGGUGGGUUUUCCAUCACUACAUCUCUACCUUCCUCUCAGGUGUCAUGCUGACGUGGCCAGAUGGGCUCAUGUACCAGAUGUUCAGGAACCAGUUUCUCUCCUUCUCCAUGUACCAGAGCUUUGUGCAGUUCCUGCAGUAUUACUACCAGAGCGGCUGCUUGUACCGGCUGCGAGCGCUGGGAGAGAGGCACAACAUGGACCUGACUGUGGAGGGCUUCCAGUCCUGGAUGUGGAGAGGCCUCACGUUCCUGCUUCCCUUCCUCUUCUUUGGGCAGUUCUGGCAGCUCUACAAUGCCAUCACCCUGUUCCGCAUGAUCCAGCACCCCGAGUGCAAGGAGUGGCAGGUCCUCAUGUGCGGCAUCCCCUUCUUCAUCCUCUUCCUGGGCAACUUCUUCACCACCCUCCGUGUCAUGCACCAGAAGAUUCAGAACAAGAACAAGGACACGAAGGAGAAUUGAAGAGGGGCAGUGUGGGGGCCUGGACUGUUUCUCCCCACCGGCUCCAUCCCCUAUUCCCAUCUCCUCAAUUCCGUCCGGACUCUGGUGUCUCACCCCAUUCCCUGGAGGCCCGGGUGUGGGACAGAGCUUGGGGCCUGCUCCUGGACAGUCCAUGUGCUCACCACGGGGCUGGAGCCGUGCUGGAGUCACUCGCCUGGAGUCAGGAGCACCCUGCACCUCCUGUCCCGGCUGCCUUCCACAUCCAAACAGCAGGAAGAUUGGGGCAGCCACUCCCCUCCCUUCUACUGGGAUGUUCUCUGGAUGUUCACUGGGUCAGGGCAGUGUCCAGGGACUGUCUGACACAGCUCCUGGGGUGCUGUAGGCUCCCCCUUUCCCCCCGCCAGCCCUGCACCCAGGGCAGCCCCCGUGUGUUGAGGGGCAGCCUGGUCACUCCAAGCACAGCCCUGGAUUCCAGAGGUGCCCCAGCUCCUCCCUCUCCUUCAAUCCACAGGGAAGGGGCAGCUGGGGCACGGGAAGAGUGGGAGCAGCAGGAGCCUGGUCCAGGCCUCACACUGGAGCUGUGCAAGCAGCACCCUGGGCUGGCACGUGUGAAAAUAAAGGGAAGGAGCUGCCCUGGGGUACCGGGACAGUCUGGGAACAGCUU